AUCCAUCUAUAGGAGCAUAUUAGAGCAAAAAAAAAAAAAAUGAUUUCAAGGCUACUAAACUCGUUCCUUUUUAUCUUGUGUGCCCUUUGUUCCAUCAACUACUUCGAGAACCCCACGGCCUCUGGCUUCACAAAUGAAACAGACCGAGAAGCUUUGCUAGCCAUGAAGCAUCUCGUCUUAAGCGAUCCUUUCAGAGCUUUGAGCUCAUGGAAUGCCUCGCUGCAUUUCUGUACUUGGCAUGGUGUUGCAUGCGGUUCCAAACAUCAAAGAGUGAUUGCUCUGAAUCUUUCAUCACUGCAACUGGCAGGUUUCUUGUCUCCCCACAUAGGGAACCUUACCUUCCUUAGGAGAAUCGAUCUCAGUAAGAACAACUUUCAUGGAACAAUUCCAGAAGAAGUCGGACAGCUGUUUCGCCUACAAUACCUCUCUCUCUCAAAUAACUCUUUCCAGGAUGAACUUCCGGGAAAUCUAAGCCAUUGUUCAAAUUUGAGAUUCUUGGGUAUGGAGGGAAACAACCUUACAGGGAAAAUUCCUAGCGAGCUGGGAUCUUUGUCUAAUCUAAGAGCACCUGGCCUCCUCAAAAAUCAUUUGACAGGUUCACUCCCUCGUUCAUUUGGGAAUCUCUCUAGUCUCGUCUCACUUUCUCUGAGAGAGAACAAUCUUGAAGGAAGCAUACCUAUUGAAUUUGAACGCCUGUCCAGGUUAGCAUAUCUUGACUUAUCCUUCAACAAUUUGUCAGGUAUGGUUCCGGAAGAGCUUUACAAUAUCUCAUCCUUAAGCACUGUUGCCAUGGUCUCUAACAAUUUAAGUGGUCGCCUCCCCCUUGAUUUAGGCUUGACACUUCCCAAUCUCCAAACUCUGUAUCUCGGACUAAACCGGUUCCUCGGACCUGUUCCAGCAUCCAUAGUUAAUUCCUCGGGACUUGAAUACCUUGAUUUAGCUUCUAAUUCCUUUUCAGGGCCAGUGCCAAAGAAUUUAGGAAGCCUACGUUAUCUUCAAAUCCUGAAUUUUGGUUUUAACAAAAUUGGUGAUAAGAAUAACAAUGACUUGACUUUUCUCACCUCCUUAACCAACUGUACCGAUCUAAAAGAGAUCGGGCUUUACAAAAGUAACCUUGGAGGUUUAUUGCCAAACUCCAUAGCAAAUCUCUCGACCAAUCUCUAUUACUUGGUAAUGUGGGGCAACUACAUCACUGGAACCAUUCCUACCAAGAUUGGAAAUCUUAAAAGCUCGCAGGCUCUUGAUUUGGCUGAUAACAUGCUCACGGGAAGAUUACCUGAAUCUAUUGGGAAGCUAGUCAUGUUAAAAGAGUUCUACGUUCACUUGAAUAAAAUCUCGGGGGAAAUUCCAUCCGCUUUGGGAAACAUUUCUGGAUUACUUAAACUAGAUUUGGGAGUGAAUCUUCUCGAGGGAACCAUACCUGUUUCUUUGGCUAAUUGCACAAGCUUAAAUCUUUUGGACAUUUCACACAAUCACCUUAGCGGGUUCAUACCUGAAAAGAUCUUUAGUCUUUCUUCCCUCACGCUUGGCCUUCUUUUAGGAUCAAAUAGAUUAAGUGGACGAUUGCCAAGUCAAGUGGUUAACAUGAGAAAUCUCAUUCAAUUGGAUAUUUCAAGAAAUAAAAUAUGUGGAGAAAUCCCAAGUACUCUAGAGACUUGUCUCAUGUUAGAGACUCUCAACAUGAGUGGUAAUUUCCUCAGGGGCACUAUUCCUUCCUCUUUCAAGAAACUAAGAAGUAUUCGAGUCCUAGACGUUUCCUGCAAUAAUUUGUCUGGGCAGAUUCCAGAGUUUCUUGCUGAUUUGCCAUUCCUUUCUAAUCUAAACCUGUCCUUUAACGAGUUCGAGGGCAAAGUGCCAGCUGAAGGAGCUUUCGAGAAUGCUAGCCAAUUUUCCAUUGCUGGAAAUAACAAGCUAUGUGGAGGAAUCAAGGCGAUUCAAUUGCCUGAAUGUCCAAGAACGAAACAACACAAGCGUUUCUCAAAGAGAGUAGUGAUCAUUGCAAGCAGUGUUGCUGUCUUCAUUACUUUGCUUCUAGCAUGUAUUUUUGCUGUUGGAUACAGGAAACUAUCAGCCAAUAGGAAACCCCUUUCAGCUUCAACCAUGGAGAAGAAGUUCCAAAUAGUUUCCUAUCAAGACCUUGCUCGUGCCACUGAUGGGUUCUCUUCUGCCAAUAUGAUUGGUGAUGGAGGAUAUGGCUCUGUCUACAAAGGAAUUCUCGGUCCUGAUGGUCAAACCGUCGCCAUAAAGGUGCUCAAACCUGAACAGCGAGGAGCCAACCGUACUUUUGUGGCUGAAUGUGAAACAUUAAGGCGCAUCAGGCAUCGGAAUCUUGUUAAAAUUGUCACUGCUUGCUCGAGUAUUGAUUUCAAAGGCAAUGACUUCAAAGCUUUGGUAUUUGAUUUUAUGCCCGGUGGAAGUUUGGAGAGCUGGUUGCAUCCAAGUACAGUGGAGUCACAAAACUCGAAAAGAUUGAGUCUACUGCAAAGGAUUAGCAUGUUGAUCGAUGUGGCAUCGGCAUUUGAUUAUCUUCACAACCAUUGUGAUGAACAAAUUGUCCACUGUGAUCUCAAACCAAGCAACAUCCUUCUUGACAAUGACCUUACAGCUCAUGUGGGUGAUUUUGGCCUUGCAAGGAUUCUUUCUGCAGCCACAGGAGAAACCCCUUCAACAUCGACCAGCUCACUUGGCGUAAGAGGAACUGUUGGAUAUGUGGCACCAGAAUAUGGUAUGGGUGGACAGGUUUCAAUAAGUGGUGAUGUGUAUAGCUAUGGCAUCCUCCUUCUGGAGAUGUUUACAGGAAAGAGACCCACCGACAGCAUGUUCACGGGCAACAAUAGCCUCCAUAAUUUCGCUAAAACAGCUCUUCCUGAUCAAGUAUCAGAGAUCAUCGAUCCUCUGCUUAAAAUUGAUACCCAACAGCUAGCCGAGUCGAGCAGAAAUGGUCCCAGUAGCAGUAGGGACAAGAUAGAGGGCUGUUUGAUAUCAAUCUUACAAAUUGGUGUCCUAUGUUCUGUUGAGCUUCCAAGUGAACGAAUGGUCAUAGCAGAAGUUCUCUCUGAAUUUAAUAAAAUUAGGAAAAUUCUCUGCAGCAAGUAGAGAGAUCUCAAGCCAUGACUGCGAUUGCUCGUGCAAUUUUCUGUUGUAAUGCAUGACACGGAUUUAUUCUGAACUUACUUCCCUAGCUUUACUACUUGUAUGUGGGUGCUGUACUGCUAUUAUAUGUUAUGUUUUAGCGACUGAUCUCUGGAAAUCAUGAGUGAGGAGCCGACAUGUAAAUUUCUCCGUA